AUGAGGUCCUUUAAGAAUUUUGUCUUUAUCCUGUCUUUGUACCUGCUGCAGGGAGCAGGUGCUUCCCUGAUUGAGCUGAAUAAUAAUGGCUAUGAAAAUAUUGUCAUUGCUAUUGACCCAGCUUUGCAAGAGGAUGAUAAACUCAUUCAACACAUAAAGGACAUGGUUUCGGAGGCUUCAAAUUACCUAUAUGGAGCCACAGAAAAACGAUUUUACUUCAAAGGUGUCUCCAUCUUGAUUCCUGAGACAUGGCAGACAAAACCAGACUAUGAGAAACCAAAACUUGAGACCUACAAAAAUGCAGAUAUCGUCAUUGAUGUCCCCAAUCCCCCAGGCAAUGAUGCUCCACGAACUGACCAGUUUGGACAGUGUGGAGAUAAGGGAGAGAGAAUUCACUUAACUCCUGACAUCAUACUGGGGAAAAAGCUGAAAGAAUAUGGACCACAAGGUAAAAUUUUAGUUCACGAAUGGGCCCAUUUUCGGUGGGGAGUGUUUGAAGAAUACAAUGAAGAUGAGCCUUUCUACCUGUCUAAUGGAAACAACGUACCAGUAAAAUGUUCUGCCGGUAUUACUGGUACAAAUAAGGUAAAUGCAUGUUCUGGAGGAAGCUGUUCCAUCAGAAAUUGUCGGAAAGAUCUCCAAACAGGAAAGUUAAACAAAGGCUGUAAGUUCAUACCUAAUGAAAUUCAGACUGAGAAAGCCUCCAUCAUGUUCAUGCAAAGCAUCAAUUCUGUGGUUGAAUUUUGUACAGAAAAGAACCAUAACAAAGAUGCUCCAAAUGCUCAUAACCAGAAGUGCAACCUCAGGAGCACUUGGGAAGUGAUUCAAGACUCAGAAGACUAUAAGAAAUCAACUCCCAUGACAGCAGCACAGCCACCGAAGCCCACCUUCUCACUGAAGCAGAUCAGAGAAAGAAUCUUGGUUUUAGUUCUGGAUAAGUCUGGAAGCAUGGCGGGUGGAGACCGGCUAAAUCGACUUAGGCAAGCCUCCAAACUCUUCCUGCUUCAGAUCAUUGAAAAGGGAUCAUGGGCUGGGAUGGUAACAUUUGAUAGUUCAGCCACUAUACAAAGUGACCUGAUACAGAUAGAGACUGAUGCCCAGCGGAACACUCUCAUUACAAAGUUACCUGCUGUUGCUGGAGGAGGAACAUCCAUCUGCUCUGGACUCAGAACAGCAUUUACGGUAAUUAAAAAGAAAUUCUCAACUGAUGGUUCAGAGAUUGUCCUUCUGACUGAUGGGGAAGACAAUAAAAUCAGUACAUGUUUUGAUGAAGUGAAACAAAGUGGAGCCAUUAUCCACACAGUUGCUUUGGGACCUUCUGCAGAUCCAGGCCUAGAGAAGCUGGCAGAGAUGACAGGAGGUGUGAAGACAACAGCUACAGACAAUGCUCAGAACAACGGUCUCAUUGAUGCAUUCAGUGCCCUCUCAUCAGGAAAUGGAGCCAUCACUCAAAGGUCCAUCCAGCUUGUGAGUAAGGGAGCUACUGUGAAGAAUGGGGAGUGGAUGAAUGGGACCGUUAUUGUUGACAGCACAAUAGGAAAUGACACUCUAUUUCUUGUUACAUGGACAGCACAACAACCCCAAAUAUUUCUCUUAGAUCCCAGUGGGAAAACAUAUAAUACUUUUUCAGUGGAUGCAAACUCCAAAAUGGCACACCUCCAAAUACCAAAUACUGCCAAGGUUGGAAUUUGGACUUAUAGCCUUAAAUCAAGUGCACAGACUCUGACUCUGACAGUAACCUCUCGUGCUGCAAAUCCUACUGUACCCCCCAUUACGGUGGACUCUAAAAUGAAUAAAGACACCAGCAGCUUCCCUAGUCCAAUGAUUGUUUAUGCAGAAGUUCGCCAAGGAUCCUUGCCGAUUAUAGGAGCCAACGUAACAGCCCUCAUCGAAUCAGCAGAUGGAACAACAGUGACUCUGGAACUCCUGGAUAAUGGUGCAGGUGCUGAUGCUUCCAAGAAUGAUGGUGUCUACUCAAGAUAUUUCACAGCUUAUAAAACAAAUGGUCGAUACAGUUUAAAAGUGAUAGCCUUGGGAGGAACAAACACCCAAAGGUCAAGACCCCAAGUGAAUGGAGCCUUAUACAUACCAGGCUGGGUAGAGAAUGGAGAAAUAAAAAUGAAUCCGCCAAAACCUGACUUUAUCAGUGAUCUUCAAGGCAAGCAAGUGUGUUUCAGCAGAACAUCCUCAGGAGGUUCAUUUGUGGUAAACAAUAUUCCAAGUGGCUCCAUUCCAGAUGUAUUCCCACCAUGUCAAAUCACUGACCUCAAGGCUCAGAUGGAUGGCAAUCACAUUAAUCUGACAUGGACAGCUCCUGGGGAUGACUAUGAUAAUGGACGAGCUGAACAAUACAUUAUAAAAAUGAGUAAAAAUAUCCUUGAUCUGCGGGAUAAGUUUGAUGAUGCUCUCCAAGUGAACACUAGUGACCUGGUACCUGAGAAGGCCAACUCCCAGGAAUUCUUUAUUUUUGAGCCAAAAGACAUCAAUCCGGUCAAUGGCACCAAUAUCUACAUUGCCAUCCAGGCUGUUGAUAAAGCAAAUCUGAAGUCCAACAUAUCCAACAUUGCACAAGUAUCUGUGUUUAUACCUCCAGAAGAGACUCCUUGUGCAGGCAAUAACAUCUUUAAAAUAGUGUUGAAGUGGUUGGGUGAGUUGCAGCUGACAAUCCCCAAGGAAAGCACUAAUAAAGAGACCUCAAUCAGCACAGAUUUUGUGAGAGAAGUAUAA